AUGGAGUCCACCAACCCCGAGUCAAACCAAGAACCACCGUCGGUGCCUAAAUCCCUCCACGCUGCAUUAAGAGAUCUUCAUCGUCGCCCAUAUCCACAUGUUCCCAACCCUCCAUCGUGCAAGAAACGUGCUUCAGUAGCUCUGGUCCUCCGAGUACGACCAACAUAUGCUCAUUGGCCCGAUUCGCCUUCCCCGCCCGCUGAGCGAGAUCCAGCCGCUUCCACUGAACAACGAUUGGAGACAUUCUUCUCUCAGUCUUGGGUUCAGCAUGGAACACCAGAGGUCCUGUUUAUCAAACGGGCAUCACGCGUGGGGGAUCGCUGGACAGGACAUGUUGCGCUCCCAGGAGGGAAGCGUGAUCCGGAAGAUACAGAUGACCGAGCGGCUGCAAUUAGGGAGGCCUCGGAGGAGGUAGGGUUGAAUUUGACGACAAAUGACUAUAUUUACAUUGGAAAUUUGCCGGAGCGGGUAGUAACCACCAGCUGGGGCUCAGUACCGUUGAUGGUCCUCUGUCCUUUCGUCUUUUUGUCAACUCGGAGCGAUUCGCCAACCCUCAAAUUACAACCAACAGAGGUGGCUUCAUCGCAUUGGGUACCUCUCGAGAGUCUUCUAUCACCUUCAUCGCGGACUAUCGAGUAUGUUGAUAUGUCUCAACGAUUCGCAAAGCGGGGCGGGCUCAUUGCUCGCCUUAUUUGUCGGUCCCUGAUGGGGUGGAUGGAGUUCGCUGCGAUUCAGUUGCGACCAAAUGAGACUUUAAAUUGCAAUACGACUCCGAACCCGGAUACUAUUGUAAACCAGUCAAGCCCUUCAAUCUUCCAAAGGUGGAAGACCUGUCGCUCAACCAAUAGCACCGCCUCCGUUGACUCAGCUCGGCCUCUUCUUCUAUGGGGACUGACCUUGGGAAUCUUGGCCGACUUCCUUGAUAUGCUCCCCCCGCAUACGGCUGUGCGGUUGUGGAAGUAUCCUACUUUUACAAUCCCUGACUUGCGCUUCAUAAUCAGCAUUCUGACGUAUCGUCUCCGAAAACGCAAUCUGCUCCAUGUGAGGUCUGGGGCUCGGACAAUCAUCAGUGACACGGCCGUGGACAGCCAAACUGCGGCGUUGCCAGUACUUCAAGCAACCAAUACAAAGCACGACCACAACGAUGUUGGAAUUGGAGGGUUGGGAGUAGGCAGAUACUACGGGGCUUCAGACAAAGCUUCCGACGGGAGCACAUAUGCUGUCGGCAUUAUGCUCAGAGGGUAUUACGAGAAGCUGCGUGUUGCGAUUUAUGUCUUCCUCGUAUGGAGGAUUGCCUUGGGCUCCAUGGCGGCAGUCUACGCGUGGAAAUUUCUUCGAGAUCGUGGAAUUCGUCGGUGA